ACGGUCGCACCCGCCCUUAACGACCGGCUGCGCUGCGCUGCGCUGCGCGCGGGGGUGGGGGAGGGUCUGACAGGAGGAGGGCGGCGGCGGCGGCGGCUCCGACACCGACACCGACACCGGGGAUCAUGAGGCAGGCGCUGGUCGACGACACCGAGGACGUGUCCCUGGAUUUCGGCGCUGAGGAGGAGGAGCUGGCGCUGAGGAAAAAUAGGAUCAGGCAUCCACUAGCUACAUUUUUCCACCUGUUUUUCCGUGUAAGUGCCAUCAUUACUUACCUCCUCUGUGACUGGUUCAGCAGAAGCUUUGUAGCCUGUUUUGUGAUGAUACUCCUCCUCCUGUCCUUUGACUUCUGGUCAGUAAAGAAUGUAACAGGAAGACUACUAGUCGGUUUACGCUGGUGGAACCAGAUUGAUGAAGAUGGAAAAAGCCAUUGGCUUUUUGAGGCCAAAAAGACUAGCCCUAAGAAUAGAGCUUCAUCUACUGAAGCAGAAGCUCAGAUCUUCUGGCUUGGACUGAUUGUCUGCCCCCUAAUAUGGACAGUGUUUCUCUUCAGUACUUUGUUCUCCCUGAAGCUGAAGUGGCUGGCCUUGGUGAUAGCAGGACUUUCUUUACAAGCAGCUAAUCUGUACGGAUAUAUCCGCUGCAAGCUUGGAGGCAACAAGAACGUCACAAAAGCGGCUUCAACGUAUCUAGGCCAACAACUCUUUCAAAGGACACUUUGGGCCAACAAUGAUGGGAAAAGAAAGUCCUUCAGAUAAGUUUUGUUUGGUUCCAUGGAAAUUAACCUAUUGCAUCGACCAAAUGGAUUUGUUUCUAAAUCAUUCAUAGUAGCUAUAACUGCACAUGUUCUGAAUGGGAAUGUAAUUGAUAAAUCAUCUGUGAAUGCCAAGAGUAGAGAUGUAAGCUAAAGAUAGUUUAUUUAUGUUGUAAAUUUUGGAAAACACUUUGUUCUGAAAGUACAGUGCCUUGCUCACCUUUUGAGGUCAGGUUUAUUAAAAUGUCAACAUACAAUUUCAAUGUAUAAUAAAUUACUUUACAUGA